UUAUGAGACACGAUUUGAUUUUUUGUGAUAUUUUUCAUCUUACUUAUAAAUACGUUUUGAUAAAUAUAAGAGCAUUAUUCUUUCCAAGCAACAACUAAGAGGUAGUAAAAAUGUUUAAACAACUUUUCACUAUUUCUUUUCUUGCAUUAAUAACAUAUUGUUAUUCACAAUCCUCGUCAUUAGGUCAGUGCUCAGACAGAACAAACAUAAAACCGGUAGAAAAUUUCGAUUUUGUGAGGUAUGCAGCUAACGGUCAAAGAAGGUACACUGUGCGUAUACACAACGCUCCGGGUGACUGCCAGUUUAUGAAUUUAAACUUGACGUCGAACGUAGCCGCGAACCUCCAUUGGGAAGUAAAAUUUUUACCUUCUGGAACAAAGGUUGUUAGGGAUGGUGUAGUAACAUGGACACCGACUAGUGGUUCACGUGAUGGGAUUAUAAGUGUAAAAUACCCCAACGUUAACAGUCCAUUUGUAUAUUCAGUUCUUGGAGUCGAUUAUGAUGAGUACAGCGUUGGUUACCGAUGCAUCGAUCUAGAUGCAAGCAGAAUAGAAUCUAUAUGGGUGAGAAGCAAUAAUACAAAUUACACAUCACAACAAGCAGCUGCGGUUAACCAAAUUCUUAGUGAUAACGGUCUCUCUGAUUUAGUACUAACCGAUGCUAUACAGGAUUCAGCUCGCUGUUCAUCAUAAAAUAAAUUUAAAUGUAAUAGUUAAAGAUGUUUUCGUUUGAUAAAACAAAUUGUAGUGAAAUUGUUUUGCAUUAAACUAAACUCUUACUAAAACUUUUAUCU